AUGUCUAAUCCCCCAUCGGGCACUUCCACCCCCAUUCCGCGCUUCACGUCGCAGACGAAGACAGCAGAAGAUCUCCUCAGUACACAGACAGUCGGCCUGGUCAACCUUUCUGAUUAUCGCAAACGACGCGCCGAGGCAAUCGAGCAGAAAGAGCGCGAUGUUCAAGAUGCGAUACUAGGCGUCAUAAGCGGACAGCCUACUCCUACAAGUGAUGGUGCAUUAACACCUAGCCAACCUCCUUUAAAAAAGAAGAAGCGCAAAGCAGGGACACCGAAGUUGUCGUUUGGAGAUGACGGGGAAGAUGGCGAGGGGACAGAUGCAGAUGUGUCGAACACAGCAUCGCCGAGGUCAGGGACACCGAGCGAAGGGAUAGUGAAGAAGAAGAUGGGUGUUAAUGCUUCCGUUGGUAUUGUGCCAAAGGCUUUGACAAAGGGAACCCUAUUAAAAGAGGCGCAAGCUCGAGAGAGUUUGAAGAAGGAAUUCAUGGUACUCCAAGAAGCUGUAAAGCAGACCGAGAUCGCCAUCCCAUUCGUCUUCUAUGACGGCACAAAUAUUCCUGGAGGGGUGUGCAGGAUCAAGAAAGGAGACUUCAUCUGGGUCUUCUUGGACCGUAGUAGGAAAGUUGGAGCAGAGCUAGGAGUUGGUGAGAAAGUCAACAGUAGGAGAGAAUGGGCGAAGAUCGGAGUGGACGACUUAAUGUUGGUUCGAGGCAGCCUCAUCAUCCCACAUCAUUACGACUUCUACUACUUCAUUAUAAAUCACACCAAAGGACCAAACGGCAUGCUCCUCUUUGACUAUUCUUCCGAACCCCGAAAGAACAUCUCUACAACACCUGAGACCACUGAAGCAGAGAACUAUAAUCCCCUCUCAACGCUAUCAACGAGGAGCAAAUUAGCGCCAGAGGCUAUUGAUAACUCAGAACUUGAAGGAUUCAACGAUGACCAAACUAUCACCAAAGUGGUAGAUCGUCGCUGGUAUGAAAGAAACAAGCAUAUCUUCCCUGCUAGCGUGUGGCAGGAGUUCGAUCCCGAAAAGGACUACCAGAAGGAAGUCAAGCGAGAUCUUAAUGGCAACACGUUCUUCUUCUCUUAG